AUGCAUUACGCCGCGAAAUUGAUGCUGCUGUGCGCGACGCCAUCUGCCGACAAGGGCUUCAUUACGAAUUUUCAGGCUAAGCAGCUUCCUUAUCUACAAGCCAUAGUACGAGAAUCGUUGCGAAUUUCCCCGCCCGUGGUUGGCCUUUUCCCGAGAGACGUCCUACCCGAAGGUAAUACAGUUGUUCUUUAUGGCAAGCCUACCUUUCUACCGGGUGGCACCUCUAUCGGCCGAGCCGUGUCUGCUAUGUAUCGAUGCAAAGAAAUCUAUGGCAAGGAUGCUGAUACCUUCCGGCUAGAGCGCUGGCUUAAAUCGGACCCCGCUAAGCUCGCCGUUAUGAAUCGCACCAACGAGCUAAUCUUUAACUAUGGCAAGUUCCAAUGCUUAGGCAGGGCUAUUGCUCAAACUGAGAUCGGAAAGACUGUUUUCGAGGUGUGUUGA